GGCUCGGGGCCAACACCAACUGAAGUCAAUCCUUUCAUGAUGGCACCAAGUCAUCGAAUAUUCGCUCUCUUUUUCCUCUUGCUCGGGAUUCUUGUCUUGCCCUCUGCAGCUGAUCAGACCAAAGAAAAAGCAUAUGUCUAUGGCACUGGCACAGAUGGAGAAACACGACAGCUGGCUGUCGACCGCAGACCGGCACUCUAUACCGGUGAUUUUGGGGACUGCUUAGAUGGCGGGAGUCUGUUCAACGUCACAAAGUUCGAUGGCGCCUAUUUUGCUGAUAACAUGACCAUUGUACUCCAUCUCGACGCGACAAGCAAUAUCAGAAACGAAUCAACCAUGAUGUAUAUCUCCGUUGAUGCAUAUGGCGAAAACAGACUCUCCAUGACCUUCAACCCAUGCCACGCCAUGAUCAGCAGUCUCUGUCCCCUCGUUGCCACCAAACCGGUAGGCGCCUAUGUCAUGAUUCCCGUCGCGCCUCGAGACGUAAGUGGGAUCCCGGACAUCGCCUAUGCGAUUCCAGACUUCGAAGGCACCCUGAAACUACGGAUAUUUUCGAAUUCAAGCAUGACGGAAAUAGGAUGCUUCCAAGCGGUCAUGAGAAACGGGAACAGCUUUUCCCAUCCCGAAGCAGUGUCUUCGGCUCUAGGCGCAUGCACGAUUCUAGCCAUAGUCGCCUCUUUUGCGACCGCCGCGUAUGGCGUGAGCGUCACUCACAUGAGAAUGCACUACGCUCAUUCCUUCUCCGUCUUCAUCAUCUUGGAAACAUUCCAGGCCAUGUUCUUUUCAGGCGCCCUCUCGCUAGACUGGCCCUCGGUCCUGACGGCCUGGUGGAGCAACUUUGCCUGGUCCGCUGGCAUGAUCUACACUACGAAAUUCGUCAGCUCGGUCGAUUCGUUUGUGGGAUAUAAUGGCAACUCUAGUCAGAUUGGAGGCGCUGGCCCCGCGCUCCUCAAUACUAAAGGCGGCUUGAUCUCACAAAUCUACGGAAAGGCCGCUGAGAAGACAGCAGGGACGAUCGCGAAGAGGCAUGCAUAUAACGCUAGCAACCCUUACGACUAUAACUGGGCCGGAGACCCUGUCAGCCUUGGCUUGCCUAUUCCAGGCUCCUGGUUUGGAUUUUCUGGAACGCUGUCCAUGGUCAAAAUCCCCGCCGCCGACGCCGUUCUUGUUGGGCUCACCUGGAUCAUGAUCGCGAUCGUCUUGGCGGGCGUUGCCGUCGUGACCCUCAAGGGGUUUCUCGAGCUUCUUGCGCUCACAAAGAUGAUGAAAGCGGACAGCCUGCCUCGUUUCCGCAGUAACUGGGUCGGAUUUACGGUUCUAGCCCUCCAGCGAACGUUCCUCGUCUCCUUCUUUGCCAUAAUGACUCUCACGAUGUACCAGUUCACACUCCGAGGCUCAGGGGAUGCAACUGUCAUUGCUGGGGUUGCUUUUACAGUCUUCUUCAUCGGUGUCUCCGUGCUGAUCGGUCUGGGAAUCCACGCCCGUACCAAGUCCGGCAAGUUUGAAUGUGGCACUGAGCAGCUUAUCUUCCAUCGGGGCAAGAUGCUUGGCUGCCUCCCCGGACUGACUCCGAGCUGGGCGAGAACCCUGAAGGAGAACGAGCUGGAGGUGCAGCCAAUUUUUUCCAUCCCGCUCUUCCGCAUUCGCCAUGUCGACGACUGCCCCGACCGCCCGACGGUUCACGAAGACCAAGCCUACAUUAAGACCUGGGGCUGGAUGACCGCAAGAUACAGGCGCACAAGAUGGUGGUUCACUGCGUUCUAUGUGCCUUACCUGUUCACUCGCGCAGCCUUCAUCGGAGGCGGUGCUCACAAUGUCUAUGCGCAGAUCUACGGCCUACUAGUCCUUGAUAUCAUCUCGUUCGCAAUGAUGGUCGUCAUCAAUCCGUUUGAAGGAGCUCGCAAUACCGCCAUGGGUAUCUGGAUACUAAGCAUCUGCAAGAUCUUCACCACAGGCCUUUCCAUCGCGUUCCUCCCGGAGUUCGGACUGAACAGGAUUAUUGUCACAGCUUUUGGUAUUAUCAUCAUUGUCAUCCAGGGUUUUACGGUUGUCGCUUUGUUGAUCCUCGUUGGCCUCGGUAUUAUCUCGACAUGGAUGUCGCUCUCUCGGAACGAGGAGAGGUUUUUCGACGAGCUGGAAUGGGCCCGAGUUCGAUACUUCGAGAACAUGGAAAGGCGAGCACCAGACAUGCCGCAGCCGAAACACGAGAAAGACAAGAACGAGGAACCAGCAGUACCGGCAGAACCCUCGUUCGAAGUGGCCCAAGUGUGGCGCAUGUCCAAGAUCGUGGACGAGGAAGAAGGAGGAAUGGGAGGCGUGGAGUCCGUCAAAGACAUCAGGAGCUCCACGUCGGAGGAGUGGAAGGAGGAGGAUGCAAGCAUCGGUGAAUCAGAGGACACCCUGCCCGUCCUGGAGGAAAUUCCUGAAAAUGACGGCACCAGCUCGGUCGAUAUUCCCGUAGGGCCCGCGCUUAACACGCCCUCCCACCCCGGUAGCCGAUCAGUCAGCGCCUGUUCGACCAGGUUCAGCACGGGCAGCGCACCACGGAACUCUCGCGCCUACCGCAACUCGCGAACGUCGCUCAACGGAUACCUGGACGCCAAGUUCACCGACCGUCCAGAGAGCAGUGUGUCGAACAGGCUGAGCAGCUACAGUGCCAAUCUGAAUCGCAGCAGCAGCUUGAGACCGGUCAGCAGUAUUCCAAGCGUCUCCUACUCCAACAGGGCUUCCAGUACGUUCUCGACAAAGGGGUUGUCGACGCCGAGCAAGGAUACACUGGCAAAGUACGCGGACCAAAGAAGAUACUCGACACCGCAGCCGUCGGUGGAGAUCUGGACCGAUAAGAGCAGUGCCAGCAAGAGGCAUAGUGUUCAUCCUUGUUGAUUUUCGUUUAAACGAAACGGUAACGGAUGGAUGUAGGAACUGAAACAUGCAUUUUGAAGGGUCAUGACUGUCCUCUAUGCUGGUAUUUGACGUACCAUACAGUUAUUUUCUGAUGCUGAGAACAUUAGGGGGUUCUUUUUUUU